AUUCACAUUAAACUGAGAGACCGAAAGGGUGUAGGUAAAACAGAAACUAGUCUCACGCUGUUGGCCAGCUAGAAGAACUAAAUAACAAUCAUGAAAAUUCAGAGUGGAAAUAUCACACACCUGAAAACGUAAAGUGUGUUAUAAAUAUAAGGUGCUAUCUUUCCUGAACUCUGUGGCUUGCUCUACCCCUUUUGUAGCUGCUGAGUUCAUCAUCUGUCUUCCUUUCACCUGUCCUGGUGCCAGAACCUGACCGAGAGUAAACAAGGAAAUGCGGGAAGUCGCAAACUUUAGUCUGUGCAACUGACGCGAAACUGCAAUCGCAGAGGGGGGUGAGUUCAUGGCGCAGCGCGGCGGCUGCAAUGGGGAACGUCCUCCGGCGCUGCACAGCCAGGAAAAGUUCCAAAAAAGUUUCCGAGAGGAGGCCAAGACAUGACAAACAUGUGCAGUCAAGGAUACGUGACGAUUCUCAUCCCUAUGAUGAAGUAGCUCCUGACAUACCAUUAUAUGCUCAAGUUAAUAAAAAGAGGCUGGAAGAUGUCCAUUAUGCUGAAGUUCAUGUUGUUCAACAGGGAUCUCGAAGCACUCUCAAGCAAGUUAAGGCAAGACAGAAAGAAAACGCAACAGAGUAUGCAACCAUUAACUUCACUCCUGUGGUAAAAUAUGACAGAAAAAAUGGGACUCUAGUAUAAAGCCAAACAGAUUUUGUGUGGCUUAAAACAAAAUGGAUCUUUUGUAUUCAUUUGAAAGGACACUAAGUUAGCAGUUGCAAAAUAUGAAACUGGUUGUGACCUUGCCAAAAUAAUAAUUUACCAAUAACUGGAGAUAUUUUUAUGGAUGCUCACCUUAACCAAAAUGAGCAAAAAUUGCAAAUGUAUUACUGUAUCAAUAUUACAACACUCUCAUGACACACUUUCUUUGGCUCGUGAUUAAAAGAUGUCAUUCUUAAAAAUAUGCUUCUUAUAAUGUGCCUUUUACAUGACAUAUCACACUCAGAAUGGGGGGGGAAAACCCCUUUGGAAGUGUUUUUACUUGCUGAACUAUAGUGUGACGUUUAAAAUGAUUCCUCUUUAAGCCAUUUUUCCCAAUUGACCAACAGUUUAUAUUUAAUAAAAAUAAUUCAGCUGUCUGGGUACCUCCAAAGUAAUAAUUUAACUGAGAUUACAGAACCAUUGCGGGAGAGAUGAUUUGAUAUAUAUCCUAAAUGUUAGAUAGCAGAUUAAAGGACUAAGUGCUAAGGUUUUAGCCUUUUCUUAAUGCAUAUCAGUCUUGAACUGUAAAGUGGUUCUAGUUUCUUACAAGAUUAAGGUACAGAUUUUAAAUUUUUGGUAGUUAAAUGUAACUUCCGAUUGAGCCCAUUCACUACAUGUAACUUUUCACAUGUAGUGACUCUCGGUACAACAACUGAAGGGAAAUGUCCAUUUUCCAUCCUGUAUCUUUGACCAGAGCACACAUCUCACUGAUAUUGUAUACCAGUCUCUCAGUUGAUCAUUGGCCUGGGUUGAUAUUACAAUGUAAGGAAUGUUCCGUUAAAGCUUGAGGCUUUCCUGCUGUCUUUAGUAUGUGAAAUGCCCAAUGAUAUUAAUAUAAGCUUAUUACACUAGUUGCAUACACAGUAACUAGCAAUGUAGAAUAUUUUUGUAAUAUUGUGGAUAUAUUAACAACUGUUCCAUAAGAAUGGACAAGUUCUGAUAGUGAACAAAAAUAUAAAGCCUUAAUGAAGAUUUCAAAAAAAUGUUCUAGUACACUACAGCCAUCUUUAUGUUCCUGUCCUUGGUUAAGUGGCAUUGAAUCCUAAAUUGAAAAAAAAUGUUAUCCCACCCUUAAGUCUUGUUUGGGUAUGCUGUGAUAUGUACUAGGAUAAAUUUGCACUUGAUUAAACCUUAUUUGAUGAGUUACCUGAAUAUUUUGUAAUGACUUGUAUGCUUAAAGCACUUGAUUGUGUACAGAUAUUGUAAAUAUAUCAAUUUUGAAAAGUACCAUUAUUAUGUUUUUUAUUAGUGGUAUGGGGAGGAAUAUUCAAAGGGUCAAGGUGGUCUUGGGGCCUGAGUGUGGGCACAGAUUUGAAGAUCUUUGCCCUGAAAGUCAUCUCAGGAUUCCAAUGCCUUUGGGACUGUUCUGUAUUUUUAGCAUUUUUGAGGUACGUGCUCCUUUGGUCCGAGCACUACACCAAACCUUGUUUUCAACCUCAUGGCCUUCUGUAGAGCUCCUGCUCUAAUUGGCAAAGCAGCAGCAGCCUUCAAAAUGGCUGCUGCUGGAUUUGGCACUACACUUGCCUCCUGCUCCAUUUGGACAUUAAAUAUUUUUAAAAACGUGACAUGGUAACAACAUGUGUUGGGCCCAGAAUUCACCUGAGUGCUGAAAUUUUUCAGUCCCUGACUGCUAAAGGUUGGCAGUAGUCAAAUCGAUUUUGAGAUGUUCAGAUUGGAUUACAAAAUACGUGGUUUCUUUAUUUAGUUUAUACAAUGAUGGAAAAUAUUUAAGUCUGAUUUACUUCAAUUAUCACAUGGAAGUUACUGCUGUUCUGGUGUAGAAAUGUUUGAUUUUUGAGCUGGAUUGAUCAAAAUAUUCUUGUUACAUUAACACAAAUGCCCCAAAAUGGUCAAAGAUUACACAAGUGCACCAUUGUAGAUAUUCUACAAGAACUG